AUGAAUGUCUCUCACUUCCUGGCCUUACUGCUCCCAGGAUCCCCACAGGGUCAAAACAGGAGCAGGUCAAGGAACAUUCCGUACAACUUCUCAGACCACUGCCAGGAUUCUGUAGACCUGAUGGUCUUCAUUGUCACCUCUUAUAGCAUUGAGACUGUUGUGGGGGUCCUGGGCAACCUCUGCCUCAUAUGCGUGACCAUGCGGCAGAAGGAGAAGGCCAACGUGACCAACCUGCUCAUUGCCAACCUGGCUUUCUCUGACUUCCUCAUGGGUCUCCUCUGUCAGCCGCUCACGGCCAUAUACACCAUCAUGGACUACUGGGUCUUUGGGGAGACCCUUUGCAAGAUGUCGGCCUUCAUCCAGUGCAUGUCGGUGACAGUCUCCAUCCUUUCGCUUGUCCUUGUGGCCCUGGAGAGGCAUCAGCUCAUCAUCAACCCAACAGGCUGGAAGCCCAGUGUCCCCCAGGCCUACCUGGGGAUUGUGAUCAUCUGGCUCAUCGGCGGCUUCCUCUCCCUGCCCUUCCUGGUCAACAGUGUCCUGGAGAAAGUCUUUCAUAGGAACCACUCCAAGACUGUGGAGUUUCUGGCAGAUAAGGUGGUCUGUACCGAGUCGUGGCCACUGCACCACCACCGCAUCGUCUACACCACCUCCCUGCUGCUCUUCCAGUACUGUGUGCCCUUGGCCUUCAUCCUGGUCUGCUACGUGCGCAUCUACCAGCACCUGCGGAAGCGGAGGCAGGUGUUCCACAAGGGCACCUACAGCUCACGGGCAUGGCAGAUGAAGCGGAUCAAUGGGAUCCUCGUGGUCAUGGUGGUGGCCUUCGCCGUGCUCUGGCUGCCCCUGCAUGUGUUCAACAGCCUAGAGGACUGGUACCAUGAGGCCAUCCCCAUCUGUUACGCCAACCUCAUCUUCUUGGUGUGCCACCUGCUUGCCAUGGCCUCUACCUGUGUCAACCCUUUCAUCUACGGUUUUCUCAACACCAACUUCAAGAAGGAGGUCAAGGCCCUGGUGCUGACGUGUCAGCAGAGUGCUCCGGUGGAUGAGUCCGAGCAUCUGCCCCUGUCCACAGUGCACACAGAGGUCUCCAAAGGCUCUCUGAGGCUCAGUGGCAGGUCUAACCCCAUUUAG